AUGAGUGUUGAAGAAGUUUUUUCAAAAUUUGGGGGGUUGGAAAAAGUCACCUUGGUUCGCGACAUGGUGACGGGGUACUCGCGAGGUUAUGCAUUUGUUGAAUAUAAAGACACACGCCCAUUGAAGGUUGCCUAUCAUGAAGCAAAUGGUUUGAUGGUGGAUGGGAAAAAUAUUCUUGUUGAUUAUGAACAUGAGAGACUCAUGGAAGGUUGGGUACCUCGCAGAUUAGGUGGUGGAUUUGCUGGGAAAAAAGAAGCUGGACAAUUAAGAUUUGGUUGCCGAGAUCGACCUUUUAAACGACCAAUCCGAUUCGGAGAUAAAGACCGAAAUAAAUUGCAAAAACGAUUCAAGUAUUCCUAAACAUAUAGUUUGGUUUAAUUUUGUAAUUAUAAAUAUUUUUACUUAACAUUUGUUGAUUAUUACUUUAAAUGAAUUAAAUACUUUUUUCAACAAACAGA